AUGACUGAAGACAAUGAUGAUGAAGAAGUUACUACAUAUAAAUAUGAAAAUUGGUAUAAUAAAGUUGACUUUGCUGCAAGUAUAGGGAAAAUUGAUCUAAUUAAAUUAUUAAUUAAAUUGGGAGAAAAAGGUACAGAAUGGGCAAUUAAUUAUGCUGCUAAAAAUGGACAUCUUGAAGUACUUAAAUAUUUACAUUCAAUAGGAUAUAAAGGUACAGAAUGGGCAAUUAAUUAUGCUGCUAAAAAUGGACAUCUUGAAGUACUUAAAUAUUUACAUUCAAUAGGAUAUAAAGGUACAGAAUGGGCAAUUAAUUAUGCUGCUAAAAAUGGACAUCUUGAAGUACUUAAAUAUUUACAUUCAAUAGGAUAUAAAGGUACAGAAUGGGCAAUUAAUUAUGCUGCUAAAAAUGGACAUCUUGAAGUACUUAAAUAUUUACAUUCAAUAGGAUAUAAAGGUACAGAAUGGGCAAUUAAUUAUGCUGCUAAAAAUGGACAUCUUGAAGUACUUAAAUAUUUACAUUCAAUAGGAUAUAAAGGUACAGAAUGGGCAAUUAAUUAUGCUGCUAAAAAUGGACAUCUUGAAGUACUUAAAUAUUUACAUUCAAUAGGAUAUAAAGGUACAGAAUGUCUAAUUAAUAUUGCUUUUGAAAAUGCUGCUGAAAAUGGACAUCUUGAAGUACUUAAAUAUUUACAUUCAAUAGGAUAUAAAGGUGCAAAUUUUGCAAUUGAUCAUGCUGCAGAAAAUGGAUAUCUUGAAGACAUCUUUUAUAAAAAAUGGACAUCUUGA